AUGGCCUUCGCUUGCAGUCCUGCUGGUGUGGCGCCCUCUGUGGCGCGCGGCUGUUUCUACAAGUUCGCGGAGCCUGUGCAGCUCGCCCGCCUUCAGGCUCUCGCGCAGCGCCCUCGGACAGCGCGGGGCGAGCACGGCGCAGGCGUGAGCGAGCCUGGGCAGUUCUACACCUGGGAGGGCGAGCUUCAGCCCAUCGCGGACCCCGACCUGCGGCGCCGCCCCCCGCUGCGCGGGGCCGCCAGCGCGGUCGGCGGCACGGCGGCGCCGCCCGAAGGAGGGGCCCUGGCGGACGCCGAGGUGGCUGCCGCAGCGGAGGCGCUCCCCGACCUGGAGCCGCCCGAAGGCCGCGCCUGGUUCGUCGCCUCCCAUGGGCCGCUGCCGCUCGGCAGCGUGGUGGCCCUCUCGGGGGAGAGCGUCCACCUCGAUGCUGGGCGCGCGACCUUCCGCGAAGGCGACAGCUGGCAGAUCGCGGAGGCGGUGCACGGCGAGAGGGCGGACGCCCACCGAGCCGAACGCCCUGGGGAGCUGGUCAGGAUGCUGAGGCGGGCGACGACGCGGGUGCACCGCGACGAACACGGUAAACGGCGAAAGCCGUGGAAGGACGUCGCGCGCCAGGUGCGCCGCUGCGCGUUCAACGACAUGGCCGCUCGAAGAUUCGCGACGUCCAAAGUCAAGAAAUAG